CCCACUUGGUGGGGAUCUUAGAAUUUAUAAAAACAGACGUGCAGUAGUCGGUAGAGCUGUGAUUGUGCUGUGCGCUCAGUGGCCUAUUCCUAUUCUCUCUCAUUUUCUGGUUUCUCUCUGGGAUCUUGAGAUCCAGCAAGCUCGUAGUAGGUUUUGGGAUCUGAGAAGGAAAAUGAAGGUGAUAGAUAAAAUCAGAGCCGGAACAGAGGGAGUAGGAGAAGGGAACGUGGUGUUCUCCUUCGAGUACUUCCCUCCCAAGACUGAGGAUGGCGUCGACAAUCUGUUCGAGAGAAUGGACCGUAUGGUUGCUCACAAUCCUACCUUCUGUGACAUCACCUGGGGCGCCGGUGGCUCCACCGCAGAUCUCACCCUCGACAUCGCUAACAAGAUGCAGAACGUCAUCUGCGUCGAGACUAUGAUGCAUCUCACCUGUACCAAUAUGCCUGUUGACAAGAUCGACCACGCUCUAACCACUAUUAAGUCUAAUGGAAUCCAGAAUGUUCUAGCUCUCCGUGGAGAUCCACCUCAUGGACAGGACAAGUUCGUCCAGAUCGAAGGAGGCUUCUCCUGCGCUCUAGAUCUUGUGAAACACAUCAGAUCCGAAUAUGGUGAUUACUUUGGCAUCACUGUUGCUGGUUAUCCAGAGGCACAUCCUGAUGCCAUCGGACCUGAUGGGGUUGCUACUCCGGAAUCUUACACAAACGAUCUUACUUAUUUAAAGAAAAAGGUAGAUGCUGGAGCUGAUCUUAUCGUCACUCAACUAUUCUAUGACACUGAUAUCUUCCUCAAGUUUGUGAAUGACUGUCGCCAAAUCGGAAUUACUUGUCCCAUUGUUCCUGGAAUUAUGCCCAUUAAUAACUACAAGGGCUUCUUGCGUAUGACUGGCUUUUGCAAGACUAAGAUACCAGCUGAGGUCACUGCUGCCUUGGAGCCUAUCAAAGAUAAUGAAGAAGCUGUCAAGGCGUACGGGAUUCACCUAGGAACUGAAAUGUGCAAGAAGAUUUUAGCUCAUGGGAUAAAGACCGUGCAUCUUUACACCCUGAACAUGGAAAAAUCAGCAUUAGCCAUAUUAAUGAAUCUUGGUGUCAUUGAGGAGUCCAAAGUGUCAAGGAGCUUGCCUUGGAGACCCCCCACCAAUAUUUUCCGUGUUAAAGAAGAUGUUCGUCCAAUAUUUUGGGCGAAUCGUCCAAAGAGCUACUUAUCAAGAACCCUCGGCUGGGACCAGUACCCACAUGGAAGAUGGGGUGACUCUGGUAACCCGUCAUAUGGUGCACUGUCUGACUAUCAGUUCAUGCGUCCUCGUUCACGAGAUAAGAAACUUCAUGAAGAAUGGGCUGUUCCCCUGAAGAAUAUUGAUGAUAUUUACGAGAAAUUUAAGCAAUUCUGCCUUGGGAAGUUGAGAAGUAGUCCUUGGACUGAGUUAGAUGGGCUUCAGCCAGAGACGAAAAUCAUAAAUGAACAUCUGGGGAAGAUUAACUUGAAGGGCUUCCUAACUAUUAAUAGCCAGCCAGCGGUCAAUGGAGAAAGAUCUGAUUCCCCAACUGUUGGUUGGGGAGGCCCGGGAGGGUAUGUUUAUCAGAAGGCAUAUCUGGAGUUCUUCUGCUCCAAAGAGAAACUGAAUUUGCUUGUUGAAAAGUGCAAGGCUUUCCCCUCUAUAUCCUUCGUGGCUACUAACAAAGUUGGGGUUUGGAUAUCAAACGUUAGUAAAACCGAUGUGAAUGCGGUAACCUGGGGAGUCUUCCCGGCAAAGGAGAUUAUCCAACCUACUGUUGUGGAUCCUGCUAGUUUCAUGGUGUGGAAGGAUGAGGCAUUCGAGAUCUGGUCAAGAGGAUGGGCAAACAUGUAUCCUGAGGGUGAUCUGUCAAGAAAAUUGAUAGAAGAGGUGCAAAGCAGCUACUUUUUGGUCAGUCUGGUGGAUAAUGAUUACAUCCAUGGUGAUAUAUUUGCUGUAUUUGCAGAUUUCUGAGAGUUUUUCUUCUCUCAACUCUUCCUUUCUCAAAUCCCAUUGCAAGCCACUCAAAGUGAUGCUUCUCUAUAUUUAAUUGCUGUUGCUGUUUCAUUCCCUUUUCAAUGUAUUGAAUUAUAACCAUAUUAUUUUGUAAUAAUAACUCAAUUGGGAUUUUUAUAUACCCUAGUCUUAAUGGUGCAAAUUUGCAAAUUA